AUGCACCUCGAAUAUGGCUUAGGGGCGAAAGCUAGCUACAUGCCGACUCAUCUGUACGCCCUUUUUAAAUCCGAGACUUAUCAUCGUUUGAUCGCACGCUUUCGAUUCGGCACUAUCGAUAUUUCUGCCGAUGGUGGUCCUGACGACCCGCCAUUUUCAAUUACGUCCAUCCAAUGCUGGGGUCAGCCAGCGGGAGUCGCGACUCCCGUAAGCCGAGAAGCUCGCACAAGGUUAACUCUGCAAGUUUCUUUAUCAUGGCCGCCUCAUCAAUAUCUGCGCCCUCACCCAUCUGCUUCUGUGCUUCAGUAA